AUGUACACAGCCAUUGCACUCAUAGCUCUCUUGCUCACCAUCACGACCACAACCACCACCUCAGCCUCGCCCAUAACACGUCACCUUUCCCGGCGGGGGCUCCCUGGUGCCUACUAUACAUGCACAAAACCCAAUUUCGCUGGCGACUGCAGCUGGACGCAACCCAAUACGGAAUGUCACAUCCAAGGUAGUCCCGGAGGUAUCGCAUCAAUCGGUCCAGAUCAAGGCACUGUAUGCUCGCUCUUUAAGACGGCUGUGUGCACAGGAGAGUCGCUCAAACAGGUGACCUUUCCUGGUAUUGCUAUUAAUAUGCCGGAAAUUGGAAGCUUCCAGUGCUCCAGGCAGACGAGCAAUGAUGGCAAGGGUGGGAAGACCGCAGGUCAGACCGGGACGCUCACAAAUGCAGACGUCCAGGCUGCUGGUUUAGAAGUUGGGGACUUUGGGUUAAAGAAGGUGAAGACGGAGGGGAGGGAGCAGGGCAUGAUCGGUUUGAAGAAGGGCGUGUACUAUUGA